CCUUGGCUCGAAGCUUGAUCCCGCAACGCAACAAAGACUCGCAUAGCUGCGCACAGCCUCUGAUGGCCAUGGCAUUGAUCUCUUUGUUUGCUUGUUUGGUGUCUGUGGCGGCCCUCCCCAUUGAAGAGACAGACACCAACUUAAUCUACUGCAACUUUCCGGUGGAGCCAGAGGUGCUGGCGAACUACCUCAACGGUGACAAACUCAUGCCGGACUUGUACGAAGGCAAGGCCUGGGUGUCCCUCAUGGUUUUCAACCUGGAGAGCUUGAAGUUGCAGAGUCCCCUGGGCAAGAUCCCGAUGGGCGGGGGUGGCGAGAUGGUAAAGCUCUCCACCUACGUGAGGACCAAGGACAGCGCUAGCAAGGCGGGGUAUUUGAUGCUGGACUUGGACUUUCCACAAGGCGCUCGCGGGUGGAUGCAGCGGGCAGGGUGCAGCUUCACCCAGAAGGGCCUCCACUGCGGUGAGGUCGAGGUCCAGGUGUCCGCCAACCUGACCAGCGUGUUUGCUUCCAGCUCGGACGGAGCUUCCUUGUCGGCUGAGUUUGAGGUGUUGGAGGAAGAAGAUGCCAAGUUCUUGGAAUACAUCAUUUACAGGCCCUACAAGGUGCUCCAGGAGGGCAAGCAAGGCACGGUGCGCAUGGCGAAACAGGAGGGCAAGGAUCCUCCCAGCCCAAGCCUAUGCUCUAUGGCCCCGCUUGCGGAGGCAGCAGGCACUGUGGCAGGGCGCCGCCUCAAGGUCUCGAAUUUGCAGAGCAGCUUCUUCCAUAAGCGCUGGCCCCAGCUCUCGGCCAGCGAGAACCAGCAGGACGCCCGCUGCUUCCUCUCGCCCAAGCUGGUUUUCGUGGACCACGAUGCAGACCUCGUGUCUGUGGCUUCGAACUUCUUUGCCUAGAGCAAAUGCCCAGAGGGUCUGAGGUCGAUCCCAUGCCGAGAAAGCGGCUUUUCAUUUGGAAGCACCCGCAGCAAAGCUGGCAAUGGGUGUUGGCGUGCAAAGUUGGGAAGCUUCACAAAGCCUGAUGCCGCAAAAAGCCGGUUUUCUUAAUGCUGGGUGCUGAGACAGCGGCCGGCGGUCUGUGGCGCAGGCGACUUUGAUCAAAUCCGAACAGUUCCAACCAUC